GAGAGGUUGAAAUGGUUGCUUGCGCAGACAACUGUGGAAUUUACUGAGGAAAGAGAAAACAUAAGCUUGCUGCUCUAAUAUUUCACCGGAAUACAGUCAACUAACGACAACGACUGAACUAUGACGUAUAUUAAGGGGUGAGUGAGGUGUAUCGUACCCCUCCCUAGGAUGGACAGUUAUUUUAAGGCUGCUGUGUGUGACCUGGACAAGCUGUUGGAUGACUUUGAACUCAAUGCAGAGGAGCUUGAUAACAAGCCUGCCACAUUUGCAAGUCCUUCAUGUCCGGACUCUACACAUUUCCCUGGUCAUCAUGUGGGCCUUCAGAUCUUCAAACCAGAGCAACACUCAGUCUCACAAACACUCCCAGAUGUCAAUGCACUGCACUAUGGACUAACAUCACAAAGUAUCACCUUAAACCAAAAUGAUUCUUAUUCCAGUGAAAGGCCGCUCACAGGUGUGGACCUCCUGUCCUCUGUUGACAGCAGAGGUCUCAAAAGUUCUGUACCUCCUUGUCCAGACAGGUCUUUGAAACCUGUGUGUGACCUGGUGAAUGAUACAGGAUCUAAUAAGCUCCAGCAGGCUGAUGGUCAUGAAGACUUUAAAGAGCUGGAUGUUACUGAGAAACAAACUGAUGAGGAACUUCUAGUUGACUUUGAGAGUCCAGUUGUAUCUUUUUCAGAUGAUGUUUCUAAGUCCAACCAUGUUGAACAGAAACAUGUCUUUGAGGUUCCUCCAAGUUCCUUCAGCUUGCUUGAUGUCAUAUUACCAGCAGCUUCAGACAAGAUUACAGAACCUCUGAAUGCUUCAGUUAACACAAUACCUUUAGAAAGCAAACACACAGACAUCCAAAGUACCUGUCUUGAAGACUCCAACUCAAAUGACCCAAGCAGUGCUCCAUGCAGUCCAGAGAAUGAGGAAGUUGUUAGUAAUUCAGGUUCUCAUGCUACAGAUGAGGAUAUUUUAGCAAUCAAUGAUGACCAUACUGUGUCAUUCCAGCCUGACUCGAUGGAUACACAACCUUCUGAAGAUGACAAUGUCAAAAAUCCAGAAGAUUCGUCCGGAAGUCCCUCCUUGGAGAAGGAACCUUCUCUGUCCUGCUUGCCAAUGGCUGUAUCUAUGUGUGGGUCUCUUGUGGCAUAUUUAGAACCUCAGGAGACAACAUUGCUUGAAACCAAAGAUGAGGCUGAACCGGAAGAAACCUCAGCCAUUAAGGAGGCUGAAGAUUUAAUUCUUCCGUUAGAAGAGCCCGUAACUCCAUUCUCCCCCUUUAGGCCUGAUUCAUCACCUGAAGAUGAACCUGAGCUGGUCCAGAUCAUGUCUAACUCUGAAGGGGCUACAGCCGUCUUGGGCCAUUACCCUGAAAGAAACUUUAAGUGCACCUUAUCCCCAACAGAGAAAAUAACUUGUAGAGAUUCUUCUCCCUAUUCAGAGAGCCCAAAUUAUUCAUACGAGUUUGGAAUCGCCAACGAUUACCUUCCUGAAAGUGACCAGACCGGGAUGAUGGUAACGGACGAGGAACUAGAUGCCUUUUUAAUGGGUCAAGGUGUGAAAAUCAACUCUGACACAGCCACAGAAACAUUUGUAGAUGAUGGUUUUUCGGACUAUAAUGGAGAUGUGGAUGGAGAUGCCUUUUUACAUGGGGAGCUGCAGAGCUGUAAAGUAGAGACGUUUGCUUCACCUGAGAGUGAUGGUUCGCUUCAAUAUUUGGAGGAGAGUGAAGGCUCGAAUAUUUCUUCUUCUUCUCAGGACAGUAGCCCAUUGAGAACAGACUCCACACAAACAGUUAGCCAUGAAAGCAUAACCAGCCCUGUUGCAAUUCAGUCCGUUUGCUCCUCCAACCGAGAGUCAAAUUAUGGAGGUGCAAGACCAAAGCAGUUGUCCAACCAAACCAUACGACACACAACCAGCCAAGCUGAAGCUGAUGCGAUUAGCCCCGAGACAGAGACUGGCACUCAAAUUUCGUCUGUGGUGCAACCAACCCCCAACCAGGAUGAACAUAACUUUGAUCACCCCUCUUAUCAGCAAUAUGAGGCCAGUUAUGGUCAAGACGAGCUCUCAGAACCUCCGCCGUAUCCUGGAGAGACACUGGAGGAUGGGGAAGCAUCUUUAGAUCAGCCAGGAAAUGAGGCAGAUGGUUUGGGAUCAAAGCAACCUCCAUGGGUCCCAGAUUCUGAGGCACCCAACUGCAUGAAUUGUGGGCAAAAGUUUACCUUCACCAAGAGGAGACACCAUUGCCGGGCAUGUGGAAAAGUGUACUGUGCAGGCUGCUGUAACCGUAAAUGCAGACUGAAAUAUCUUGAGAAAGAGGCCAGAGUUUGUGUCACCUGCCAUGUUACCAUACAGAGAGCUCAAGCCCAUGAGAGGAUGAUGAGCCCCACUGGGCCCAGUCCCAAUCCCAACAUCCCAUCAGAGUACUGCUCCACCAUACCGCCCAUGCAACAGGCCCGUGCCGCCGGAACCCUGAACUCUCCCCCACCCACCGUCAUGGUUCCCGUGUCUGUCCUGAAGCACCCCGGUAAUGAUGGUUUUCCACGUGAGCAGAAGCACGUGUGGUUUGCUGAUGGUAUUUUACCUAACGGUGAGGUAGCGGACACCUCUAAACUCUCUGUACAGACCCGAAGAUCCUCUCAGGAGUCCAGUCCAGUUACACCAGAUCCGCCGGGGACUGAUGGUAUAUUCCCUGGUGAGACUGGCGAGGGUGGUGUGGGUGCUGAGGUCUGUUCCGACAGUCCUGCUGAGGUGAGACGCCCGCCCGUCAGGGGCCCAUGGGACUAUGCGCUGCUCUGUGGGGUGGGCAGCUGUGUGCAGAGAGGGGUCAGUCUGGUGCCUGAGGAUGUUGAAGGUCUACCUCCACUGCUCAUUACCACAGGAGAGGAAGAAGAUGGGGAUUUAUUAGUUGAGGAACGUCCUGCUGUUUGCCAGAUAUUGUUGCUAUUGGAGGAGGGAGGCCCACGACCUUUGACCUUUGUGCUCAACGCCAAUUUACUGGUGAACGUCAAGCUCGUCACAUAUUAUGGGCAAAGGUGUUGGUGCUUGAGUUCUAAUGGUCUUCAGGGAGUUGGACAGAAGGAACUGGUGUUUAUAAUUGAGUGUCUCCCAGAAGAAAACAGUCUGCCUAAAGAUGUAUUCAAUCUCUAUGUUAGUAUAUACCAGGAUGCACAGAAAGGGAAAUUCAUCGAGCACCUUAGCAAUGUGACGUUCACUGACAGUUUUCUGGGCAGUAAAGAUCACGGCGGCGUGGUGUUCUUCUCUCCCAGUUUUCAACCGGUGGAUGGUCUGGCUUUACCGGAGGUCUCUUUCCUCUGUGGGGUUCUGAUUCAGAAGCUCGAGGUUCCCUGGGCCAAAGUGUUUCCCCUCCGACUGCUGCUUACAAUGGGGGCGCAAUACAACGUGUAUCCCUGCCCACUGGUGAGCGUGCGUUUCCGUGAGUCAGUAUUUAAAGAGACGGGACACACCAUCAUGAAUCUGCUCACUGACCUGAGGAACUACCAGUACAGUUUACCAGUGGUGGACAGUCUGAGAGUACACAUGGAGAUGGGCAACAGCUAUAUUGACAUUCCCAAGUCCAGGUUUAAUGAGAUGUUGAAGGUGGUGAACUCCUCCAACGAGCACGUGAUCAGUUUCGGUGCCUGUUUCAGUACCGAGGCAGAUUCUCAUCUGGUUUGCAUGCAGAAUGAGGACGGAAGCUACCAGACACAAGCCAACAGUAUUCCAGGAAAGACCAGGAGAGUGACUGGAGCAAGUUUUGUGGUGUUUAAUGGUGCUUUGAAAGCUUCAUCAGGAUUUAUUGCCAAAUCAAGCAUCGUGGAGGAUGGGUUAAUGGUGCAGAUUCCUCCCGAGACCAUGGAGGGCUUGCGGCAGGCUCUCCGAGACCAGACCGACUUCAAGAUCCCUUGUGGAAAGGUGGAUUCUGAAGAGACACGGGAAAAUGUGAAUGUACGCUGGGUCGACUGGACAGCACCCGUCAACACUGGCAUCACCAGUCCAGUAGAUGGCAGAUCUCUAGAGGGCGUAUCCAGUGUAAAGAUCCAGCAGGAUUCUGAGUUUGAGAUGGAUGGCAGAAUCAUCAGGUGUACUGAGGUCUUCUAUCUGCUGAAGUCCUCAAACAUCUCUCUGUCUGCUGUCCUCACGUCAUCAGCUCAAUUCCAGAGAGAGAUCGCCACUGCCAGCUGUGCAGCUCUCUGUCCACACCUCUCUGUGCUCAUGGCCAAUGGAAUCAACUCUCUUGCGCUCCGAGUCUCCACCGACUCGGAUAUGGUUGAGUACCAGGCUGGUUCUGGUGGCUGCCUCCUGCCUCAGAAGUAUAUGAAUGAUCUGGAUGGGGCCCUGAUUCCUGUCAUCCAUGGAGGAAGCUCCUGUGUCCCCCACCAGACCAUGGACAUGGAGUUCUUCUUCUACAUCACUCAGAGCAUUUGAUGCUGGUGACUUAUAAACGUUUUCUGGAGGCAGCCAAUGGGACAUUUUUGAUCGAAGCCAAUGAAUUGCAGAUGAGAAGAGACAGUCCCAUAUCUGAUCAUCUAUCUGUGUGAUCUGAUUAGGUAUGGACCGUUUGAUGCAUUUUAAAGGAAAUAAAAAGGCACUUCACAGAAGUGGAAAUGUUGUAGAGAUCCUGGUACUUUAGAUUAAAGCAGAGGUCUUGAAUCGGUGUAAAAACAAAACAUGGAAGACAUAAGAACAUCUUCAGUUUGUGUUGCAGGUAUCUGUUAGUUGGAUGCUGGUCAAUGAAUGUUAGUUUGAACACACAUGGUAAUGUCAGAUAUACCAAGAAUUAUAAUAAUUAAUACUUGAUUGCGCAGACAAGACAGCACAUCAGAGCUUGUGAUGCACUGCGUAUAUGUCUGUUUUUCCUGAGCAGGAAUCGCAAAUCUGCGGUGCUUUUUGUCCAUCGGUCAUCAUUUAUCGUUAAUGUAUGAAGUCGCUUCAUAUGGGCUGAUGAAUCCAUGUGAAGAUUUUGUGUACUGAUUAUUGUACUUUCUAAGUACAGCAUCCUAUGGUUGGUCAUUUUUCUCGGUUUGUAAAACAUAUUGAGGGUAGGACAGACCUUGGAUUGAUUGUUUAAAUCAUAUAGAUGAAAUCAUCUGCUAAUUUGAUUAAGCUUUUAUUAAGCUUAAAUUCUAUUUUUGGAACAGUUCCACAUGGUGACUAAAAGUGAUAUUUUUGAUAGGGCUUUUGAAAUUAAUUUUUGCAAAACGUCUGCAAUUAUAGCCCAAAACCGUUGAUUUUAAUCUGCAGCUCAUUCGAGCGCAUAUCUCGUUAUCAUGCUUCUGGAAAGAUUGAUGGUUGUUCGUUUCAAACCGCGUAUUAAGAAACGAACAACAACAAAAAAAAAAAGAGUACAGAAUAAGAUGACAGUUCUGCAUUAACAUUUAUAUAUUUAUUCACAUACUACUGCAUUGAUUACCUGGAUGUUGUCAAGAAAAAUGCAGGUCAUAUUUCACCCCAAAAUUCACAAAAUUAUGAAAUUACAUUUUGCAUAAAGAAAAUGAAGCCUAUUUUUAGUCCAGAAUUAUUAUUAUUAUUAUUAUUAUUUGUGUUGAUGCAGUACUUGUGCACCCCUCUAUUCUCAUUACUCUAAUGUGGAAAAAAUAUUUUAAAGUACAUUUGCAAAGUUCAGUUGUAAGUAUCAUGGUAGUAUUUGUUGUAAUUUUAUUAAUUCUGAUUUUAAUAAAAGAAAAAGCAUUGUGUGCAAACAGGAUGAUUUUCUGAGAAUGUAAUGACAAUUUGGGGGUUUAAAUGUCACAAUGCAAAAUAUCUUUAUGGGCCUAAAAUAAACUUUUUGUUUUCUUUUGGCAAAAUAUAUAUGUGAGUGACCCAUUAGUUCAUUUUACUGGAAAAAAAUAAUUAAAACCAACCAUAUAUUAAAACUACAAAUAUGUGUAUUAUGACCAGCAAGGUACUGAAAAAUCUUAUGUGCCUUGAAAGUGAACAAUGUGGAAUGAAAAAUAAUUUUAUCUCAACACAUCCGAACAAUUAAUCUCCAUUUCGUUUUUUAUUAGUAUUAUUAUUACUAAAAUUUGGUCAAGCCAGUUAAUGAGGCGGCCAAAUAUCUACACCAUACUCCAAGCAUUAAAGUAUCUAUAAGUAUCUGUAACUUUAAAGGAGUUUGACAGAUUCCAGAAUCUUUUGAAAACACCUUCCUAUGCUGGAUGAUAUUGCUGAACUUUAGUAGCAGUUUUCUAAAUGCAAUAAAAGGUCAUAAGGUUUUUCUUCAUUUUAGUCCCUAAUUGUGCGGUUCUUCAAUUGUAAAUUAGCUUAAAAAUGAAAAACAUUCUUUUUUUAUUAUUUUUAUUUAUUUAUUUAUUUUUUCAGGUGAAUUAUGGUUGUUGAUGCCAAGUUUCUAAAAUCAUCCAGUUUCAUGUGCUGCUCAACGAAAAUCUAAAUUAAAUUCAUUAAUUUAGAAAAUGCACUUUUACUGUUGUUACUGAAACAAAAGACAGGACAAGCGAUUGUUCAUUAUUUUUAUUUCAUUUUUGUUCAUCAUAGUGAUAAAACAAUAUAAACAGUGAUGAAUCAGUUUAUUUGAUAUUUUGUCUUGCUUAUUUAAAUAACCUGAAGGCUUCUAUACUUCUUUUACAGACCAAAUACAAAUAAGUAACAAAUACAAAUGUACUUAAAAUACAGAUUAUUGUGAUUAAAUGUAUUUGAAAUGAGUUUAGCAUUUUAUAGGCAUCUCAGAUCUGCUCCCAUAUAUUUGGGCUUAGUGGAAUUUUUUGGAAUUUAAAUUAUUUUCUCACUGUUAUUGAUUAAUUAAAAUCAUUACAAUUAAAGUAUUUCUAUGCUUUACAUAAAGCUCUUAAAAUGUACCAGUUUGCAUAAUGUAUAUCUAUUUAUUCAUGAAAACCAGAUUUAUUUGAUGAAUUAUCUGGUAUGGGACCUAAGUAUAUUCUUCAAAACAACAUUCAUUUCUAAUAUGUAUCUCAUGUAGAAUAAAAUUUGUAUAAAUAU